UUUCGUAUUCAUGUGAAUCCAGCUUUACGUGAUCAAUCCUAACCUAAAUAAAUGUUGUUUACAAUAAUACGAGGCAGGUUAUGCUCUCUUGAAAAUGUACGCCGAACAAAUAAAGCAGUUACAAAGUCAUUUUAAAUCGCACAGUAAAUCUAAGGAAUAUACCGGGCACACCGCCAAAGUUCACUCGGUAGGCUGGAGCUGUGAUGGUAAACGACUGGCUUCGGGCUCCUACGAUAAGUCAGUUUCGAUUUACACCUUAGACAAAGACCUACUUAACAAGGAAACAACAUUUAAGGGACACGGAGGCUCGGUCGACCAGCUUUGCUGGCACAAGACGCAUUCGGACCUUCUCAGUACGGCGAGCGGCGAUAAAUCGGUUCGAAUUUGGGACAUACGAGUGCAAAAAUGCGUGGCCACCAUCAAUACGAAAGGCGAGAAUAUAAAUAUAACGUGGGCGCCGGACGGCGAGACAAUCGCAGUUGGUAAUAAAGAGGACUUGGUCACCUUCGUUGAUGCGAGGACUCACAAAAUUAAGAGCGAGGAGCAGUACAAUUUUGAGGUUAACGAGAUCUCCUGGAACAACACAAGCGAGUUCUUCUACUUGACUAACGGUCAGGGAUGCAUUCACAUUUUGAGUUAUCCCGAUUUGGAAGUACAGCACGUUUUAAAAGCGCACCCUGCCACUUGUAUUUGCAUAGAGUUUGAUCCCACGGGCAAAUACUUCGCGACCGGCAGUGCCGAUGCCUUAGUCUCGCUGUGGGAUGUCGACGAAUUGGCCUGCUUACGGGUUUUUACCAGAAUGGAGUGGCCUGUACGUACCAUAUCCUUCAGUCACGACGGACAGCUGCUCGCGUCUGCUUCAGAGGAUUUAUUAAUUGACAUAGCGUUCGUGGAAAGCGGUGAUAAGAUUGCCGAUAUCACGGUGGAAGCUGCGACGUUUACAGUAGCUUGGCAUCCAUCUCGUCAUCUCCUUGCGUACGCGUGUGACGAUAAAGACACUUAUGAUCGCAAACGUGAUGCGGGCAAUUUGAAAGUGUGGGGUUUUCAAGUGGACUAGUAUUAAAGCACAUAUUUUUAUAUACAUUUUGCAUUAAACUGUAAUUACAAUAAGUAUUUUUUGAUUAAUAA